AUGAUGCUACGGGAUCUCAAGGAAAGGAGAGUGAUUGAGGAUAGUCAAUCCCCAUGGGCGUCCCCUAUAGUGUUAGUAGCGAAGAAGGAUGGAACCAUACGGUUAUGUGUGGAUGUAAGAGAACGAAAAACGCGAGAGUUACCCUUGACCGCACUAUUGAGCAUGGCACUCCAGAAUCUACAAGGCGCUCGGGGCCCUCCGGCGCGCCUUUACCUCGCUAGGACCUGGCUAGUGGCUACUGGUAGCCGGCUGCGUAGGGCGGAGCCAAAUUAG